CUCCCGCUCAGAUCGCAAACAACGCGAUUUCUUCGUCUUUGCCUCUCAAAUCUUGCAUCUCUAAUACAACCUACAACGCUGGCCCGCUUGUUACUCUCAUAGAAAUCACCAGCUACUCUACGCCCAGCGAUUUUCUGCUGCUUCAACACCUUUAUCCGUCUAGCAUGGUCCAGCAAUAUUCUCCGUCGUCAUGACCUGGACCCCCAACCAGCCGUCCCCUCCUCCGUACUCAUCGUCGUCGUCCUCGUCGUCCGGAUCUUCAUCAGGGUCGCCUCGGCGUGCAUCAUCAAAGUCCUCAGCUUUUGGUGCUACCGCCGACACCGACAAUUCGGCCAAUGACCUACCGGAGCCACCCGCAAAGCCCAGCGGUAACGACGAUGAGGCGCCACCACCAAAGUCCAAGACGCCCGGCAAGUCACAGAGCAGACGCGGCCAUUUCAAAUCACGGCUUGGCUGCUUCAAUUGCAAGCGCCGCCGUGUGAAAUGCAAUGAGGCCAGGCCUUCAUGUGCACCUUGCACUCGACUCGGCUUGUCGUGCUCUUACCCAGAUCCUAAGAAGCCCUCCGCAACGGCUGCCCUGACGACCGUCCAAAUCAACCCGUCGGGCCUCGCAAUGGAAGACUUGCGCUUCUUCCAUCGCUUCAUGACCAAGGCUUUUCCGACUCUUCCUUUCCGGGGUGAUAGUGUCUGGUUAGACGCAAGCGCAAUGUCGCACGAGUAUCAAAUGCUGGCUCACUCAGUGCUCGGUCUUGGGGCUUCUCAUAUUUCUCUCCAUGGUAACGUUGACUAUACGCAACAGGCUCUGAGCCACAGAGUGACGGCGAUUCGAAUGGUAAAUGAACGGCUCUCGUCGCCAUCGCAAAGCCCUGCCGAUGCUGAUGCGGUAUUUGGCGCCGUCCUCUGUCUCAUUGCGCAAACCGGAUUACUAGCCGACGGCAUGUGCGAGUAUCAUGUCAUGACCCGCGGAUGCAUGCUGCUCAUGCAAGCUGUUGUCAAAAACGAAGACAAGUCUAUCUUCAACAUGUUUACCGCCGAAGAGCACAUGAAUCGCAUUCGACUCAUCAUAUCGGAUGAGCACGGCGACUUUACCAACCUACACAACUUUCAUCGCAGCCUGCUCAAGAUGAAGCAUCUUUUGGUCGCGCCAUCACAGAUGGCCUAUUUCGACGGGAUGCUAUUGUGCGUCACCAGUAUGCAUGAAUCACCAGAAGCCGCUUGGUCGGCAUUUGUUGCUCUCUACCACGUUUAUGCCGGCUGGUCCAGUGAUGUUUUCAAUGACUUUAUCGAUAUCAACAACUUUCCAUCACAGCUGCUCAUCAUCCAUGGCUUCCUGCUGGAUUAUGUCCUUGGGCCACUUUGUCUGCCCGUUACACAUCCCAACAACUCUCCGGGCCGCAAAGGGGUUGUAAUUGGAUGGGCAAGAGACGUACUCGCUCGACUUCCACCGGAACUGAAGGAAUACGGUGCCUGGGUCAAGGAAUACUCUGACGCGCUUGAACACGGUGACUGGCGGUAUCUUCUUUCUCCUUGAUGCAACCUGGUGUUACAGGACGUCUAAUCUCUUCAUUUGCACACAUCUAUACCCAUUUUCAGCAUCAAUCAAUUUUCUAUAAUAU